AUAGAUACCCGAUUCAGUCAACUCCGUGGAUUGACCAUAGAGCCACUGCAGAAAAUUUUGGUGUCAACUAUUCGUGGGACAAGUGUGUAAAACUGGCUCACCAAUUUUGGAUUUCUUAUCAUCCGCCUACCGGGGCGAAGCAUACAUCUAGCGGUGAUGAGACUCCGCCAAUACCAGAAGAGGAAUUGGAGCAGCAGAAGAUUGAACACGAACGUCAAAUGCAGAAGGAAAAGGAAUGCCAAGCACGGGAGGCUGAGGAGGACCGGAAGCUGGACAUAGAGCUACUGCACCAGCGGGCCAUUGAAGCUGAGGCCGAACAAAAGAGGGAGAUCGCCGACGCGGCAGGGGCGGUGCGAGGCAUGAACACAUCGUGGUCGCACCACGGCCUGUGUGAGCUGCCUCGCAUGGCGACCAGGUGGCGUCAUAGUAGGCCGUCCAUACCGGACACCCAUUACAGAAAUAUUAUUGCGCAGAAUAUGCUGAAAAAGGCGUGCAGUGCACAGUUGGCCACGCCUCACUCUAUACAAAGCAUCACGGAAUGUGACAACUGGAUCAACCUAUCCCGCCUAGGAACUAGAGAUGACUCUAUAGACAGUGACGUGUGCUGCGAAGCGUCAGUGUGCGAGGCAAGCGCGGACGCUCGCGCCUGGCGGUCCUCGGCAAGCGACGUCUGUCAAAUGCGAAUCGACAGGGAUCGAGCUCCGUCAUGUCCAGGAUGUCGUGCUCCGAUUGCAUCCCUGGAUUGCAUGGAUGAUUUCAGCGCAAAUUCUCAGCAGAUGCUAGAUCAAGCUGGAGAAAUCAGUGUGUCUCGGCAUAUGUCAACGUAUAUGGGAAAUCACGCCAACAUGCCUUCGGUGGUAACUCCUGGAUUACGGUACAAAAACCUAGGCAAAUCCGGUCUGCGCGUGCCCAAUAUUGGGGUAGGCAUCUGGACUAUGCUUAAUGAAGAUUACGCGGAGGACAUUAUAUUGACUGCUCUGGAGAACGGUAUAAAUCUGUUCGAUUUGUCGGAGGCUCAUUGUGCAAAAGGCGAAGCUGAACUGGGAAGGAUAUUAAAGAAAAUAAACGUUAGACGAACGAGUAUUAUUAUAACGACAAAGAUUUACUGGAGUACCAAGUUUGGUAAUGACAGGUCGGAUGAGAGAGGUUUAUCUCGUAAGCAUAUAAUCGAAAGCAUCAAGGCGUCGCUGGCUAGACUACAGGUGGAAUAUAUCGACGUGGUACUAUUGCAUAAGGUCGACCCUGUUUGCCCGAUGGAAGAAUUGGUACGUGCUAUGAAUUUUGUUAUAAACCAAGGAUGGGUCAUGUAUUGGGGUACGGCUCGUUGGUCACCGGCUGAGAUAAUGGACGCCUACACAAAUUGCAGACAGUUUAACUGUAUCACUCCAAUAGUAGAACAGACAGAAUAUCAUAUGUUCUGCAGGGAGAAACCAGAGUUAUACAUGCCUGAGUUAUACCAUAAAAUAGGAGUAGGAAUGAUGGCGUGGUCGGCCAUAACGACUGGCAAAGGCCUAGGCCGCGAGGAGAUCACGGGCCUCUUCGCCAAGUCGCGGUUCAACAGAAAAUACAGUACGUUCAGUUGGUGCGAGGAGGACCUGGCUGUACCAGACAUGAGAAGCUCCGGUAGUAAGGAGCAGGUGACAGGUGAAGAACCUCGGACAUAUGGAGACAAGUUACGUGACCUAUCCAAUCUCGCUAAUUCACUAAAUUGCUCGAUGAGUCAACUGGCUGUGGCGUGGUGCUUGAAAAAUGAAUCAGUCAAUUGCCUGCUUUUGGGCGCCACCAGCGUUGAACAAUUUAAAGAAAACAUUCACGCGUUACAGAUUGUCCCGCAAUUAACGCCCUUAGUAAUGGCUGAAAUCGAAAGGUUGUUAGCGAACAAGCCACAACGGCCACCCAUGGUGUCUACGCUGGCCAUGCGGAACCAACAGAACAAUAACACUGUGCGAGUAGAUAUGACCGGCGCAACGUCUGGUACGGGCUCGCCUAAGCCCGAGGGCGAGGCGAUCGAGGGCGAAGCCUCCACCCCCGGCAAGGAGCCCGGGAGGGGCUUCUGUGAGAUUCAGUGACCGUGGUGGCGCGGAAGCACUGACUCUGCUUCCAAAUCUAGUAAAUCAAAGGAAUCGCUUAAGGAAUCGAAGCCAAAGUUCUUUUUGAAUAAUGCGGGCGAAGUCAUCAAGCGAACAGAACAAGACGGUGUAUCAACUGACGUGGUUGUGUCGGUGUCAUCGCUGAAAGGCAAGCAACCAGCGAGCGGCGGCAGCAAGGUGAAGAAGUCAAAGUCAGAGCCGGCGCGCGCUCGAUCCUCGUCUCUGCAACGGUCCUCCUCGGGCCAACUGGCGGGCACGCGCGACCGUCGCCGCUCUCGUCUAGACCUCUCCUCUCCGGCCGACAUAUAACACGAGAUGAACAUGGCCUGCAUCACCUCUGACAUGCCUGGCUUAUUCUAUGAAAACGAAAGAGAAACUAUUGCGAAACCACCCCGCCGGCAUCGCUUGUUCGACACCCAGGCCCCGGCGACCUCGCAACAGAUGGGUUGUGCGUGCGGCCAGUGCGAAUCGACCUCAGAAACAUAUACGAAAAUAUAAACUGGAAGUGAUUUACAGAUCUGUGAUGAAGUUAUUAUCCAAUGCAAUUCUUGUAAGGGAUACAAACAAUCGGAUAUAUUAUCUAGUAAAGUGAGUGUUACAAAAAUCUUUAUUGUAGAACCUACCUUGUUUCGAAUCGACAGAUUCGAAACGAAUCUACUUAAUAAUUAGAUAGUAUGCGUAAGGAUGUAAACAUCUAGAUUUGUAAAAAAGAAUUGUCACUCUUGCACGUGUAGUUGUUUAUAUAUGACCAGCCAAAAUAGGGAAGUAAGGUAAAUAAAUACUUACUUUUCGUACUGUUUUCGUAGUGGGUACGAUUCGUAGUCCUAAUUGCAUAGAUUUCAAGUAAGCAAGAGAUUAAUCCAGUGCAUUUUAGAAGUGUCUUUUCUUACUAAAAUUUAUUUUAGUAUACAGAAAUUGUGAUCGAGGGGUCUCGAGAGCAACACGAUCGUCAUAUUCAGUAGACAUAUGGUUCCUUUGAAAAUACUAGGUUAGGAAGAUUAAAAAAUGCCAUAAUCUAUUAAUGCUUUAUCUGAUGCGCAAAUAUUAACUUGAGCUGUCUGGCUUAAACAAUUUGAAAACUUAAUUGGUCAUAUAUGCAAGCCAUUCACACCACCUGCUCGAAAGUUAAGCCUUCUAGUGUGCAUACUAGCAUAAUAUUUGUCAUGCUUCCGCCGAGUAUUUAAAUUCGCACCUCCGUUCUAUAGAAUCCACUUUAUAAGCAGGCAUCUUAUAACGUGAUACUGUGUCCUGGUUUCGAUAGAGAAAUAAUAUGUAAGUAGUUUACUAUUGUAUUCCUAUCCGGCAAAUCACUGCCGAUUUAGUACGCGGUCCUUAAGAAAGUUAGUUACAUUCUUUGUCGGAAUAGCUACAAAUUUGGUAAAUUCCUAUAUUAAUAGGUGAUUGAAUUUAGAAUUACCUAAUUGAAACACGUACAUUGUACAUGAAACAACUGUAAAAACUGUUUUGUACUGUUUUAAAAACAAUUUAUAGGGCUCCAUUGACUCGUUUCCGGAACGAAAAAUGAUGUACUACAAUAUUACCAGCGUUUUCAUCGUUGUGUUAUUAUAAGGUUGCCAUGGCAACGCACUCGUAAAGAUAAGACUGGUAGGUACUGUUUCUGAAAUGGAUCCCAAGUAAGUAUAUUAAGAUAUAAGUAGGUACUUCCCCGUCUGACGUGUCAUUUAGACGAGCCGCAGGCGAAUGUGUAUAUUGGAUGGGUCUGCGUAACUAAUUAAACUUUUUAGACAAUAUUAUUGUUAAAUUCAAUCAGCGAGUAAAUAAAUUAGUUAUUAUUAAGUAAAGUGUAGAGAUAGCUCAAAAAUAUAAAGGGAGUGAAAACCGGAAUAAUUAUAUUUAUUGUAUAUUAAAUUAUAUGAGUUUAGAAAACUCUGUUUUAGGUUAGUGGGUAUUACUUUCAGAUUUAUUGCUAGACUUAUUUAUUAAAAUUAAAAGUGUAGAGUCAUGUACCUGUUACAAUAACUAAUCGAGAUAUGAAGCAAUGAGUAAAUUACAAAUACUUCUUGGUAAAAUAUAAGUUUAGAUUGGUGAUUAAAGUAUUUUUUACAGAUCUGUACUUAAGUAAAAGGGUUAGUUCCUGAAUUCAUCUGUAUGUUCUUGGCUGGGUCUUAUGAUCGUUUACAAUGUACCUUAGUAAGUGGAAAUGUAGCAUGGUACAACAUAUUAAUUCAUUUCAUAUCACUAGACAUAAGGUCACACAAUUUUCGUACCUACUGUUAUUAGUCAUUGAAAGUUUAUCUAUUACGAGCAUACAUCAAGCGCAGCUUGUAUAUACAUAUUUAUAUUUUAUGUGUUAUUAAUGUUUAAGCCAGAAUAUUGUACUUAAAUCAUCCUUAUGAUUAAAACUGCUAUAAACAA